AUGCUGAGCAUUUGCAGUUUUUCCUUAGUGACUGUCUCCUUGGAACACCAAGGCUGCUUGUCUGAGAAGGGAUCCGAGGAGGCUGAGGUCGCACAGAGCAGGCCGGUGCUCUGUCGGGUUCACCACCGCGCCUCUCCACUGCCUGGGCCUGUCACAGCUCCAGGCUCGCCAGGGUUGUUGUUACUGUGUGGUGUGUCCCGUCCCCAGGCCUGCCUGGCACAGCACUCCCCUCUCCUCGCCAGGCCUUCUCCUCCUGGAACCAUGAGCGAGGCCCGGAGGGACGGCACAAGCAGCCUGCAGCGCAAGAAGCCCCCCUGGCUCAGGCUGGACAUCCCGGCUGUGGUGCCCCUGGCGGCAGAGGAGCCUGGCCUCCUGCAGCCCCUCCGGCGCCAGGUUUUCCUGCGGAGUGUGAGUAUGCCAGCCGAGACGGCCCCCGCCCCCGCACUCUACCCUGAGCCGCGGCGGCCUGCGCUGCAGCGGCAGACAUCCAUCACACAGACCAUCCGCAGGGGCACAGCUGACUGGUUUGGAGUGAGCAAGGACAGCGACAGCACCCAGAAGUGGCAGCGCAAGAGCAUCCGCCACUGCAGCCAGCGGUACGGCAGGCUGAAGCCCCAGGUCCUCCGGGAGCUGGACUUGCCCAGCCAGGACAAUGUGUCGCUGGCCAGCACGGAGACCCCACCCCCACUGUAUGUGGGCCCAUGCCAGCUGGGCAUGCAGAAGAUCAUCGACCCUCUGGCCCGGGGCCGGGCCUUCCGCCUGGCGGACGAUGCUGCCGAUGGCCCGAGUGUCCCCCACACCCCCAUCACCCCUGGAGCUGCCUCCCUCUGCUCCUUCUCCAGUUCCCGCUCAGGUUUCAACCGGUUUCCUCGGCGGCGCAAGCGUGAGUCCGUGGCCAAGAUGAGCUUCCGGGCAGCGGCGGCACUGGUGAAGGGUCGAGCGGUUAGGGAGGGCACCCUGCGCCGGGCCCAGCGUCGCAGCUUCACUCCGGCCAGCUUCCUGGAGGAGGACACGGCAGACUUCCCCGAGGAGCUGGACACAUCCUUCUUUGCCCGGGAAGGUGUCCUUCAUGAGGAGCUGUCCACCUACCCGGAUGAGGUGUUUGAGUCCCCUUCAGAGGCGGCGCUCCAGGACUGGGAGAAAGUCUCGGAGCAGGCAGAACUCACCGGUGGGGCUCUGGGUCGCACUGAGCUUGAGCGGAGCCAUUUGAUGCUGCCCCUGGAGCGAGGCUGGCGGAAGCAGAAAGAGGGUGGCGCCCUGGCCACACAGCCCAGGGUGAGGCUUCGGCAGGAGGUAGUGAGCCCUGCAGGGCCCAGGAGGGGCCAGCGCAUUGCCGUGCCUGUGCACAAGCUCUUCGCCAGGGAGAAGCGGCCCUACGGGCUGGGCAUGGUGGGGCGGCUCACCAACCGCACCUACCGCAAGCGCAUCGACAGCUACGUCAAGCGCCAGAUCGAGGACAUGGAUGACCACAGGCCCUUCUUCACCUACUGGCUUACCUUCGUCCACUCACUGGUCACCAUCCUAGCUGUGUGCAUCUACGGCAUUGCGCCGGUGGGCUUCUCGCAGCAUGAGACAGUGGACUCGGUGCUCCGGAACCGUGGCGUCUAUGAGAACGUCAAGCAUGUGCAGCAGGAGAACUUCUGGAUUGGCCCCAGCUCGGAGGCCCUCAUCCACCUGGGCGCCAAGUUUUCUCCCUGCAUGCGCCAGGACCCGCAGGUCCACAGCUUCAUCCACGCGGCCCGGGAGCGGGAGAAGCACUCAGCCUGCUGUGUGCGCAACGAUAGGUCUGGUUGCGUGCAGACCUCCGAGGAGGAGUGCUCGUCCACUCUGGCAGUGUGGGUGAAGUGGCCCAUCCAUCCCAGUGCUCCAGACCUUGCUGGCCACAAGAGGCUGUUUGGCUCUGUCUGCCACCAGGACCCCAGGGUGUGUGACGAGCCCUCCUCCGAGGACCCACAUGAGUGGCCAGAAGACAUCACCAAGUGGCCGAUUUGCACCAAAAACAGUGCUGGGAACCACACCAACCACCCACACAUGGACUGCGCCAUAACCGGCCGGCCCUGCUGCAUUGGCACCAAGGGCAGGUGUGAGAUCACCUCCCGUGAGUACUGUGACUUCAUGAGGGGCUAUUUCCAUGAGGAGGCCACACUCUGCUCUCAGGUCCACUGCAUGGAUGAUGUGUGUGGCCUCCUUCCCUUCCUCAACCCGGAGGUGCCCGAUCAGUUCUACCGCCUGUGGCUCUCUCUCUUCCUGCACGCUGGGGUCCUGCAUUGCUUGGUGUCUGUCUGCUUCCAGAUGACGGUCCUGCGUGACCUGGAGAAGCUGGCAGGCUGGCACCGCAUAGCCAUCAUCUACUUGCUGAGCGGUAUCACUGGAAACCUGGCUAGUGCCAUCUUCCUGCCGUACCGGGCAGAGGUGGGCCCGGCCGGCUCCCAGUUUGGAAUCCUGGCCUGCCUCUUCGUGGAGCUCUUCCAGAGUUGGCAGAUCUUGGCGCGACCGUGGCGUGCCUUCUUUAAGCUGCUGGCUGUGGUGCUCUUCCUCUUCGCUUUCGGGCUGCUGCCUUGGAUCGACAACUUUGCCCACAUCUCAGGCUUCAUCAGUGGCCUCUUCCUUUCCUUUGCCUUCCUGCCAUACAUCAGUUUCGGCAAGUUCGACCUGUACCGAAAGCGCUGCCAAAUCAUCAUCUUUCAAGCAGUGUUCCUGGGCCUGCUGGCUGGCCUGGUGGUCCUCUUCUACUUCUACCCCGUCCGCUGUGAGUGGUGUGAGUUCCUCACCUGCAUCCCCUUCACGGACAAAUUCUGUGAGAAGUAUGAGCUGGACGCUCAGCUCCACUGAGCAGCCAUGGGCCCAAGGCCACACCGCUCACUUCACAGAGCAGCCUGCUCUGUGCACUUCCUGAACACAGACCUCUCCUGCCUUGUUCACGUCUGUCUAACCACUUAUAUUGCUGGGCAUUUAUUACAAUAGUUCCCAUGACAAACUUCUAACUAGUCCUUCGACGACCACCUCAUGUGGCCAAUAAAUGGACCGGGAGCGUUUUAGCUGCCACUAACAAC